AUGGACUCGAUUCAAGCUGAUAUUCGUAUUAUUGGGGAUUCGACGAAUGGCUCUUCUGCGCAUUCGGAUGCCACAAGACAUGUAGAGGCUGAAGAUACAGACUAUGCCUUAACAGAACUUCAACUAGGUAAAGGUGGAAAUAUGCGUUGUUUUAUACGAGGAGAACCUGCACCAGAUUUGAACGAAAAAGAGCUUCGUGCACGGCCAGGUUGUGGAUUAUCUAGUGACCAGGCAUUAGAUAGUCCAUAUCAAUUUCGAUUGAAUUCGAUACUUGUCGAAGCAGUGCUCAUUUUCGCUGUGUUGAUAUGGAACGGUAUUCUGUACGCAAGAGAAAUGCGAUUGACAACCACCGAGAUCAGCGAUCAUGCCGAAAAUAUCUUGGAACAAUUGAAAAAGAGUGGUAUGAAUGUCUUUCAGAAUAUAGAAAUACCGUUUGUCCCUUCGGUGACUAUUGGCAGAGUAAUUCGUGAUGGCUUUUUGCGAGAUUUCCCGACAUCUUUAUUGGUAGAAGGUGAUACCUUGGAAAUGAUGUACGGGGAUAGUGCACCAUGUGCUAUGAAAUAUGUAGGACCUCAAUUCGAUAAUUUGUCUUCAUUAGAUCCCUCUUCUCACUCGACCAAGACCAAGGAAUACAAAAUUGAAGCAAAUCAGGUGUUUAAGCCGUCGCUUUUCGGUGGCUUCUCGGACGCAGUUUUAGAACAUCACAUCAAAAUUCGAGGCAGAUAUCAGUUCAUUUCCUUGCAAACCCCUUGGGCGAAUAGUCUACGUGACGCACUAAAUCAAGACAAACCAGCCACUGUAAUCCGAAAACAGGCUGAGGUCCUCCAAAAAUUUUUUUUAAGAAAAGUGAUUUACAUUGUACUUGGUGCCGCGAUAUUAGUCAAUCUAUUACGAUAUAUGAUAAAAGAUAUAUUUGGAAAUCACGGGAAUGUUAAACAAGGAUUCGAGCUGUUUACUGUUCUUCCUGUGUAUGCUAUCCUACCAAUCCUUCCGCUCUCCUUUCCCACUUUGUGGCUGAUAGUCCGAUGUUUUGGGAAUGCAACUGUCCUUGUUUUGUUUGAAGCACUACAAAUCUCCAAGACUGAGUAUGAAGAUGACGAAGAAGUAGACGAGUUUGAUGCUGGUGCGCCACCACCUACAAAAAAUAUCCACUUGAAUGGAGCCGACGUUUGGAAUAAAUUUCUUUAUCUUCUCACCAAAUGGGAUCAAACUUCAUUAACUCGUUCCACUAAUCUUUUCGAAUCCCUUGGUAGCACUACUGUCAUAUGUUCAAUUGAUCGGGAAGGCACUAUAUCAUCACCAUUUCCAUCUGUCGAGCAAAUUCUUUUUCCUAGUCACGAAGGAGAGACCACUUUUCUUGAUGUUGCUGAAGAUCCGAAUAGAUAUUUUUCAGUAAAGUUUGAAGAUCAAGAUUGGGAACAAUACUUACCCUGUCUAAAACCGGUAGGCCUUAAUCUAUUAUUAAACACCAAUUGUGGUGUAUUACAAGGUAAAAAACAGAAUGAUCAACAUCGGAAAUAUUCCAGUAUAAAUAUACACGCAAAAACAAAGCCAGCCCGUCAAGCAUGUUUGUGUAGAUUGGGAAAAGAAAUUGGAUUUACCGAUGAUGCUCUUCAAGCAUUUGUACGGCGUAAAGAUAUUUAUACUUUUGCACCAUGUCACCCAUCGUUAAAAGUUCACAUUAGACAUGAUCAAUGGGAAGUACCAAGCAUGGUAUCUUCAAUAUAUGAAGAAACAGGAUUAGGUACUUAUCAAUUAUUGUCAGAUGGACAUGUCGAAAUUAUACUUGAUAAUUGUUCUGAUUAUUGGGAUGGAGAAGGCCUUCAAGCUAUGACUGAAACGAUAGAGAAAAAAAUCUACGAUUUUUAUGAAAAUGCCAUCAUUAAUGAUAUGCAAUGCAUAGCAUAUGCAUAUCGGCCAAUCAAUGUAGAAAACAAGAUCCCUUUCCUAAACUAUAAUUGCGUGAAUGAUCCUGCAGCAGCCACAUAUAUUGUUCUGCCAACUGCUAACGACGACAAAGAUCCCCCUGAUUCAUUCUUGGCUGAGCAAGACAUUACAUUGUCACAGUGGACUAGAUAUAAACGUUUAAAAGCAGGGCAAUUAGAGGGGUUGCAUGACUUUCAAUUCGAAGAGGGCCAAGAAUUUCCACAAGAUCAGAUUGAGAAAUUUUACAAAGAUGUGACAAAAGGGCAGAUUUUCUUAAGUAUGGUUACUUUGUGUCAUCAGCCAAAAGCGGAUGUAUGUAAUUUUAUUGAAGAUUUGAGUGGUGCGGGUAUUCGAUUUGUUUACUUUUCACCAACUGCUGAACGAGAAAGUAAAGCUUAUGCUGAGCGAUUAGGACUGGAAACUGAUUGGAAUAGUUGUAUACUACUAUCUAGUGAGAGUUAUCGUCAAAUGCAUGAUAUCAAAGCCCGCCUUCCCGUCGGAAUUCAAAACAUAAGAAAUCACUUGGAAAAGGUAGACGAUAUUCCAUUACAUGUGUCCUUAUUUGCAGAAUGCACACCAGACUCCACACACGAGAUGAUCAAGAUCUUUCAAGAGAAUGGAGAGGUAGUCUGUUGUCUCGGCAGCGCCUUAAAUUCUAGUAAUACUCGCAUUUUUGCAUUGGCGGAUGUGGGUAUUGCUAUGGAACCAACCCAUACUAAAGCUCAAACAAAUAAUGGAUUGUGUUAUCUCCAAGACGACGAAGGACAAUUACCUUUGGCUCUUGGCGCUUCCUUAACCACUUUACCGUGUGGACUUUUUAUGCGAUACGACACGAGUCUCUACGCUUUGGCUGACCUCAUAAGAGAAGCAAGGCGAUUGACUAAUUGUCUUAUCAUGAGUUCAGCUUUUAUGAUUGGCGGUUACUUGUCAAUAACAACAUUGCUGCUCCUUUCUUACAUUUUUUUGUUACCUCCAAUUUUCACCGGUUAUCAAAUAUUAUGGGUUCUUUGGGUGAUUUUGCCGCUUUUGGCUUUUUCUUUUUUCUUUAAUCCGCAUGAAGCUGAUACAAUGACUACGAUGCCAGUGAAAAAUGCUGAUCACUUUCGUGAUUUGACUCGCUUUAUCAUAUACUUUUUCUGGAGAUUUUCGUUACCUAUGGUAAUGUCUUUAAGUUACUUUGAUGAUAAUGGCGCUGCUUCAUUCGUUUUUGGAUCUUUUGGUAAUGUCGCGUGGCUUAAUUGGAGUAAAAAGCAACAAUGGGAGGUAUUAUACGCACAAAAUUGUGCACUGUUUGUUUUUGUGUGGUAUCUGGCCUGUUUGUCUCCGACUUUUCUACACCGCACUCUUUCAUUGAGAAAUUUUCUACCGUAUCAUAAUCACGUCUGGGUACUCACAUUUUUCGUCAGCUUAACAAUACAAGCAAUCUUCUCAUCAAUUUCCCUAGCCACCGGUCCACGUCUAUCGCCAUCCACACAUUCGCUUGGUCGACUGCCAUUGUUCUUGUAUCUGGUUGCAUUGCUGUGGCCGAUAAUUUUCAUACCGGUGCAAGAGUUGGUAAGAUGGCAUGAUCGAAAAGAGUAUAAACGGUUUCAAAAACGGUCGAAAUUGGAGUUCAAUACAAAGUUGGGAAUGCAUUCGCCGAUAUAA